UCUGAAUGAAUCCAAAACGUAUCAUUGUGGCUCCGUAUUCAUGUUCAAACUUCUUUUAAUUUAUUGAAAUAAACAUAAAAAUAAUCUAAUGUAUUUCGUGUGUAAUUAGACAAUUUAUUUAUUGAUAUUAUAUUAUGGUGAUAUUUUCAUUCACCAAGUGAUUAAGUAUAAACCAGUAUAUAAAAAAAUUCUAGAAUUUAGCAUAGUUGUUUUUUUGUGUAGUUCCUGUGCAAUCCACAAAAAAGUCUCAUCAUCAUGUCGAAUGAUGUGGCCGAAUCAAAUGCUGUUGUGCAGUCCGAUGGUGACACAGAAAAUACACAAGCCAUCACACAAGAGGAAGUACCAGUGACGCCACAGCCCACAAAAUUAGAAUCAUUUUUUGCAAUAACAAAAUCAUUAAUUAUCAGAGCACUCAUCAUAUAUUUUGUUUCGUCGUUUUUGCGUAAGCCAGCCUCCACACCGACAGAAGUGAGUCCAAACACAUCGGCCGGUGUACAAGCUCCAUCAAAGUUACCAGCAUCGAAUUUCUUCCUAAAUGGCACACUAUUCGAUUUACAUGUCUACAUAUCGGAAGAUCAAUUCAAUGUUAAUUUUAGCGAUGCAAAUAGUUUGAUUUGGUUUCAAGAAGGUCUCACAUAUGGUGAUUGGUAUGCUGGUCGAAACGGAGAUGGCACCGUUACUCAUCACACAAAAAUACGAGCAUCCGAACAACUUAAGAACAAUGGAUCAAUUUUUAUCCAUGUGUAUGUCACACGAUUCGGUAUGACUCCGAAUCCAAAUGAUAUUGAAUCGUAUGCGAAGCAGGAGAUGAGCCAUUCCAGUCGAUUGUUGAAUAAGUUUAAAAAGAUUCGUUACCAAAAAACGCAUAAUUUAUUAACGGGCCAAACGGAAAAGAGUGAAGAAGUACAACGUAAAUCAGAAAUUAUGUCUGCUGAAAUUGUAUCACAUUGGCAUCCAAAUUUAACGAUAAACGUUGUCACCGAUCAAACAAAUUGGGUUAAGAAUCAAGUACCACAGCCGCUUGACGAGUAUGUACAGUUUAGCGAAGAUGGUUUAACAUACUAUCCAAUUUUAUUCUUCAACGAUUAUUGGAAUAUGUUGCGUGAUUAUCAACCGAUUAAUUCGACGACAGAUAUUUUGGAAUUAUCGUUAACGUAUCAACCGUUGUCGUUGUUUAAAUGGCAAUUGUAUGCAGCCCAAGCGGCCAAGAACAAAUGGACGAGCAGCAUAUUUGGCGAGAGUCUUGCUGGCGCAACCGAUGAAAAUGAUGAAGAACAAGAUUCACUUAAAGAAACAUUGUUGGAUACGAACCCAUAUUUGCUCGGUUUAACAAUUGCCAUCUCAAUUUUGCACAGUAUUUUUGAGCUGUUGGCAUUUAAAAAUGAUAUUCAAUUUUGGAAUGCGCGUAAAUCACUCGAAGGAUUAUCGGUGCGUUCUGUAUUCUUUGGCGUAUUUCAAUCAUUAAUCGUGCUACUCUAUGUACUUGAUAACGAAACAAAUUUCAUGAUUCGUGUCAGUUGCUUCAUUGGUCUUGGCAUUGAAGUGUGGAAAAUUCAAAAAGUUGUCGAUUUUAAAUUCAACAAAGAAGACCGCUAUUUUGGUAUUAUACCAAAACUUACAUUCACCGACAAAGGCUCAUAUGUUGAAUCGAGUACAAAGCAAUACGAUAAUUUGGCAUUCAAAUAUUUGGGUUGGCUGUGCUUCCCAUUGUUGAUCGGCUAUGGUGUUUAUUCAAUCGUGUACAACGAACACAAAGGAUGGUAUUCCUUUAUAUUGAACAUGUUGUACGGUUUCUUACUUACAUUUGGAUUUAUUAUGAUGACACCACAAUUAUUUAUCAACUAUAAAUUGAAAUCCGUCGCACACUUACCAUGGCGUAUGAUGACUUAUAAAUUUUUGAACACAUUCAUUGAUGACAUCUUUGCAUUUGUCAUCAAAAUGCCGACCAUGUAUCGAUUGGGUUGCUUCAGAGAUGACAUUGUAUUCUUCAUUUUCUUGUAUCAACGAUGGAUUUACAAGGUGGAUAAGUCUCGUGUAAAUGAGUUCGGUUUCUCGGGCGACAUAGACGAAAAUUCCAAAAAGAGUGUAGCAAACGGUGACGCAACUGAACCAGUUGGUGCCAUUGAAGCAAAACCAUCAUCGCCGGUUGCAACAAAAACCAAAUCGAAAAAAGACAAAAAACGAGAUUAAGGUCUCUUAAUCCAAUUCUCAUU